AUGGCCGAGGCUCUUCCAUCUCAAGAGAGGGAGAGCUGGUCCCAGCGUGAGCCCAAGGGCUGUGUGCUGGGAGCCAUGGAGAUGGUGACCCCGUGCCCUGGCAUGGCUCGGUACGGGGUCAACAAGCUGGAGGGGAUGCUGCGUCCCCUUGUCGAAGAUGGUCUGAAGUGUGUGCUCAUCUUCGGGGUGCCCAGCAAGCUCCCCAAGGAUGAGAGAGGCUCCGCUGCUGACGCGGAGGACACGCCUGCCAUCCGGGCGAUCAAGAAGAUCCGCUCCACCUUCCCAGAGCUGCUCAUAGCCUGCGAUGUCUGCUUGUGCCCGUACACCUCCCACGGGCACUGCGGCAUCCUGCGUGAAGACGGCACCAUCCAGAACGAGAUCAGCUGCCAGCGGCUGGCAGAAGUGGCGCUGGCCUACGCCAAAGCUGGCUGCCACAUCGUUGCCCCCUCGGAUAUGAUGGACGGGCGCGUCGCGGCCAUAAAGGUGGUGCUGAUCUCCAACGACUUGGGCAACAAGGGCGAGGAGCCGGCGGUGCCCCCUGAGCACGUCCUGCCCACACUCAGCCACCUCCUGGCGCUGAUCGAGAAGGGGUAG